CCAUUAUUUCCCACACUUGAUACAAAACUCAACGGAAAACGGGCAAAAAAUCAGUGUCCAACUUCCAGUAAGGGUCUUAAAAUCGAUUUGCUUUCACCGGUGGAGACUCACGGUCUUUGUUUCAGUUUUGUACAUUUCAUCAGCGAGUCGAGACCGAAGGAAGCCAAGACUAUGAAGUUCCUCAAUUCUGGAAUAAUCCUGUGCUAUUGCUCCUGUUCCCUCCUAAGCGUAGUCAGUGGUCUGAGUUUCACGGUUACUUCCCGGAUCUACAUGGAUGUGAAGCACAACAAGCAGCCGUUGGGCAGAAUUACCUUUGGACUAUUUGGCAAACUGGCACCGAAGGCAGUGGCCAAUUUCCGGCACAUCUGUCUUCGAGGGAUCAAUGGAACCAGCUAUGUGGGAGCCAGGUUUCAUCGUGUGGUAGAUAGAUUCCUGGUGCAAGGAGGGGACAUCCUCAAUGGCGAUGGCACUGGCUCGGUUAGUAUCUAUGGAGAAUACUUUCCGGAUGAGGACAAAGCCCUAGCCGUGGAGCACAACAGACCGGGCUAUCUGGGAAUGGCCAAUCGUGGACCGGAUACGAAUGGUUGUCAGUUUUAUAUAACCACUGUGGGUGCCAAGUGGCUGGACGGAAAGCAUACGGUCUUUGGAAAGGUCCUCGAGGGAAUGGACACCAUCUAUGCCAUAGAGGAUGUCAAAACGGACACCGAUGACUUCCCCUUGGAGCCGGUGGUCAUCUCCAAUUGCGGUGAAAUACCCACCGAACAGUUUGAAUUCUAUCCGGAUGACUUUAACAUUCUGGGUUGGAUUAAGGCAGCCGGUUUGCCCGUGACCAGUUCGUUCUUGGUCCUGCUCAUAUUUCACUACUUUUUCCGUCAGCUGAACAUGUACUGCUGAGGAAGCUUUAUUACUAAUUACUACUACUACUUAAGAUCACAAAGCCACACAAUAAACCAGCUCGAAAAAACAA